UUCUCUGUUUUGAAGAUAGCUUCCAGUGGCAAUCCUCAGCACUGCAGGCUUUUCAAACAUUUCCAGGACUUUAAUUUUUCACCCCAGAGGUUCUCCAUGACCAAAUCGUCUUGCUUAACAUUGCUAACAAUAAAAGAAACCAACUAAUUGGUGCUCAAAUAAAAAUGCAUACACUACCAUUUUUGUAUCCAACGUAAUCUAGGAUACAAUACUUUAACUAAUGAUCAUGAGACUAUGACAUACGUCACAAUCCAACUUUUAAUUAUGGAUUUACAUUCCAAGACAAAUCCAGAGUGACAUAAUCAGUUUAGACAGCAGCAGAGAAUGAUCCAUAUUGCACCCAGCCUUCAAACCCGCUAACAGACCACAGUAACAUCCAGAAACAGCAAAUGGAUAAACAGGACGAAAGCAUAGUAGUAAAUAGUAACGAGGAAUGCCAAAGAGACAGCCAAAGAGAGAAGGAGUGGAGCAGCUUUAUUUUACCAUUGGUUGAAAAAGAGGAAGAGGAGGUCGUGGAUGAAUGGAGACCUGGUGAACCAGUGACGCCACAGCAUGUCUUAAGGCUCAAUAGGUACACAGCGGAUUACCUAUGUUUACCUGAGGACAACAUCUACAACAUCAACUUUUCUCGUUUCAAGAUCAGGGACCUAGCCAGCGGUUUGGUCAUCCUUGACAUAAAAAAACAUUGUCCAACAGAAAUCCAAGACAUCAUUGACCUUGAUACAAACAGAUUCAUCCAAUAUCAGUUCUCACCAGCAUUUUUGAAUCUCAGCGAGAUUGGAGCCACGUUAGAGUUUACCGUGGGGAGCAAGGCACUGAGCCGUUUUCGUCUCAUCGAGAGACAUUUCUUCAGAAAUGUCCUGCUUAAAACUUUUGACUUUGAGAUUGGUUUUUGCAUUCCACAUAGCAGGAACACCUGUGAGCACAUAUACUGCUUACCUGACCUGGAACCUGAGACAGUUGAAGAUAUGAUUGCCAACCCAUUCGAGACACGCUCAGACAGCUUUUACUUCGUAAACAACAAGCUGGUCAUGCAUCACAAAGCCGAGUAUUCCUUCGCAUCGCAAAAAAAUGCUUGCGUGUCGGGUGAAAAUGGAAAAUAAUCAGCGCAAUAUACAUAUUGCAAAGAAAAUCCAAUGAAUUGUUUCUUUGUACGGUACUUUUAUUUGAUCGGUAAUAGUAAGUUUUUGUUUGUAUCAACAUCAAUCAUGCUCAAGUCUUUGAAACAUGAUUAUUUAUUUACUUUCAAUUCGAAGCUAAUAUGCCAUACUACAUUUCUCUAACUGUGAUGACUAUUAUGUCACAUGUUUGUUUCUAUAAUAUGUAACUCAUAAAUCAUAAGCCCACAGAUCAGUGGCGGUUUUAGGGGUGGGGAUACAGGGGCACUGGCCCCACCUCUAAUUUCAAUGGGCCCCCCGUUUCUAGAGUUUGUUAAAAUUUAAAUGCUGCUUUUCGUGUUUAAAAUGACUUUUUAGAAAAAAUGAUUUAAAGCAGGGGUGUCCAAACUUCUUGCAAAGGGGGCCAGAUUUGGUGUGGUAAAAAUGUGGGGGGCCGACCUUGGCUGACGUGCUUUACGUAGAACAAUAUAUUUAAGCAAAUUUUAGGAAGCCAUUCAGUGUGGCACAUUUGCUUUAUUAUUUAUUUAUUUUUAAUUAAUAAUUUCAACAAUCUUGCAACUAGCCUUUGUGGCGUUCUCUUUCGACUCUCGGGCAUUUGCGAAAUACUGCUGCUGUGAAAAUAAACUAGCUUCAAGUUGCUUCAAUUUCUCGCUGCGUAUCUUCCCUGUAAUCUUGUCGUACAUGUCAGAUAGUCUUGUUUGGUAAUAUCGCCUCGCAUUGAACUUAACGGCAACUAUCUCUUUGCAAAUGAGGCAGACACAGUUGUUGCAUAUUUUUGUGAAGAAAUAGUCCAAUUUCCACCUAUCCUUGAAGCGUCAGCCAUCACGGUCAACUUUCUUUUUUUUUUUGUUGUUGUCGCCAUUUUAGAAAAUGGAAGUAAUGGGUCACACGGGGUAAUGUUGCUUAGCCCUUAAAUACCUGCAACAUGAAGCAAUUAUCAGAGAAUCCCAAAAUUUGAAAAAUAAGGUCCUAAUGAAACUUUUUUUUUCAAAUUUGUAAAAAGAAAAGUCAAAAUGAAUAUGUGUAAUAAGUGCUCUAAUAUCUAUAACCCAUGCUAAAUCAUGUUUUUUUUUUCUCAUGGAACCUGCAGAUGCAUGUGUUGACUUGCAUCCAUCAUUUUUUUUUUUUUUCAAAAAGAAAUGUCAAAAUUCUAAAUCAGUCUCAAAAUCAUUACAUUUUAGGUGUAUCAAAUGUGAUACAUUUGGCAAUAAAGGGUUAAAGUGCCGCUGCCUUUUAGUGGGUAAAUGAGGAGCAGCAUUUCGUGUGUAAGCUACUUCAUAUGCUGGUUGCAGUUCUGCUGACCAAUUUAUUAAGUCUGUGUGCGGGCCAGACGUUAUUGAUUUUAUGACAGAUGCUGGGGGUCGGAUGAAAUUUGACCCCCGGGCCGGACUUUGGACAUGUCUGAUUUAAAGUAUUGUCCGAUGUAUUGUAUCAUUACUUGCAAACAUUAUGAUUAAAUAUGAAUUAUUACAAAUUUUACUGGUUCAUGUUUGUUUGAUACAGUACCAAGCAAAGAUGUCUUUUUACCGCCACAUGUAAGAUAAUCUGCGUAUUGCCUUAUUGACCAAAACAAACACUAAACAAAGAUGGCAGCGACACUUGGCCUCUGAGGAUUACAUGUGGCCCCUUUAUGGCCCCUGUUUCAGAAAAUCCUAGAACCGCCACUGCCAUAGAUAUUUUUGUUUAUUGUUUGGAAUGUUUCACUAAAUAUUUGCAGUUAUAAACUGAAAAAUGUGCAUUAACUCAAUAAUGGUCAAACCCUGUUGCAAAUCUAUAAAUGCACAGAAGUUGUCAGCGCACAAACAAAACAAAAACAAUUAAAAAAGAUCAACGCAACUGUUGUUUUUGUACAAGUGAUCAACAAUUGGAAGUUUAUUGAAUUUGCAAAUAAAAUGCAAUUUACCACAAAGUUUG